CUUGAGGAAUUGAGUACAAAGCUGGUUUAACCAGUUGGAUCACAAGUCAUCUAUUGCUACCAAUCCAGUUUAUGCAAAAUAUAGGUGUACAUGGAAAUGGGGUGACACUAUUCAUGGAAGAAAACAUUAAUGAAGUUCAUUGAAAGUAAAUACUCACUGACAGUUUUUAAGAAAGUGGCUCAUAGAACUUUGCAAGAGGAGGUCAAGCUUGUGUUCAGUGGAAUGACAGCAGCUCAUUCUGGUUGUCCGCUGUGUGAGCUGGGCGAGCUGGGCGGGGCUAACCAGGUCCAUGAUUUGGAGUUUCUGACAGAAAAACCUCACAGGCAGAGGGAUCUGGAUAGUAAGAAAUCAUGUCUUCUGCACAAGGUUGGACUUCUCCCACAGUAACACUUUCAAAUGGGAUGCAAAUGCCAAUACUAGGAAUAGGCACAUCACAGAUAGGGGGCUUCUCUCAGGACGCUGUUCUGCAUGCACUGCGCGACUGCGGCAUACGCCUCACUGACACAUCAAAGUACAAUGGCUUUGAGGCACAGCUGGCUGAAGCGAUCAGAGAUUGUGGGAUAGCACGAGGUCACCUGUGGCUCACCAACAAACUCUGGCCAGAGGACUAUGGAUAUGAAACUGCCCUGUCAGCCUUUCACAAGUCUUGCUCUCACAUGGGAGUGAAGUAUCUUGACCUCUACAUGUUGCACUGGCCAGAUUCAAUGCAACCGGGUCACUCCAACAGGCAACUGAGAGCUGAAGCAUGGAGAGCUUUAGAGGACCUGUAUGAAGAGGGGUUGUGUCGUUCUAUCGGGGUCAGCAACUUCAUGGUUCACCACCUGGAACAGUUAAAGCAAGACUGCACGGUCGUGCCACAUGUUAACCAGGUGGAGUAUCAUCCGUUCCAGCAGCCUAAUGAGCUGAUCGAGUACUGCCGUCAUGAGGGCAUCACAUUUCAGGGUUACUGUCCUCUGGCCAAAGGUCAAGCCCUGAACAACCCCACAAUUAUCCAGGUGGCACAAAAGUAUGGACAUACACCUGCACAGAUCUGCAUACGCUGGAGUAUUCAGAACGAAGUCAUUACGAUACCAAAGUCAACCAAAAGGGAGCGUGUGGCUGAGAACUGUCAGGUGUUUGAUUUCCAGCUGGACGAGGAAGACAUGGAAGCCAUAAAUAAGCUGCACGAUGGACGGCACGUUGCCUGGGAUCCAACUCAUGUGGAGUAACCGGUGUAUUUGCUGCAAC